AUGGAACUCUUACUUUCCAUAGCUUUGUGUGUGAGUCCUGUGGGGACUCUAAACUGCUCGGAACCCACCACCCAGUCCCUCCUCGCUGCCUUCAAUAGAGAUGUCUUCAACUACAGCGCCGUGCGCCCGGUGAACAACCAGAGAACACACACCAACAUCAGCAUCUACUUCACUCUGUACGCCAUCUUGGGCGUGGAUGAAAAGGCUCAGAUACUGGAGACGUUUAUCUGGCAGACCAUGAUGUGGAGGAUUGAGUAUCUGAGCUGGGACCCAGUGGAGUGCGGCACCUCUGUCAUCACUGUGCCCCGGACAAAGCUGUGGAGGCCAGAUGUGGUGAUUAAUGAGUUCGUGGACAAGAACAAAGCUCCAGACACGUACUAUGUGCGGGUGAACAACACGGGCUAUGUGACGGACGGCAUGCCUGUGAAAGUGAAGAGCUCCUGCAACCUCAACAUCUACACCUUCCCCUUUGACAUCCAGAAGUGCUCCUUCACCUUCCAAAGCUACAUGCACACCUCUGAUACAGUCCACAUGUACUUUGGAAAGUCGGUGGAGGAAAUCCUGGAGCGCUCCAACGAGCUGAUGCAGACCAUGGGGGAGUGGGAGCUUCUGGGCAUGACCUCUUACAAACACGACCUCGUCAUCUACGACGGCACCAGCUGGGAUGAGCUCACCUACUUUAUUACCCUCAGACGACGAGCCACCCUGUACGUGGUGAACCUGAUCAUCCCCAGCUGCUUCCUCAUCACUCUGGACCUGUUCAGCUUCAUCCUGCCCCCCCAGAGUGUGGACCGCUCAGCCUUCAAGAUGACCCUCAUUCUGGGCUACACCGUCUUCCUGCUCCUCAUGAACGAGCUGCUGCCCGUCACUGGAAACACCAUUCCACUCCUGAAUGUGUUUUUCUCCAUCUGCCUGGCUCUCAUGGUGGCUAGUCUACUGGAGACCAUCGUCAUCACCAACAUCCUGCACAACUCCAAGGAUUUCCCACCAGUGCCACACUGGAUCAGGGUCAUCAUCUUGGAGAUCAUGGCACGCCUCGUCUGUCUAUACCGGAAGAAAACCGAUGACGAAGUCAUUAUUCUACAAAAUCAAGGCAGUGUGCUGGAGACUAAACCUGGUGCUGAUGCAGUGGGCCAGUCCCCUGCUAAAGACACAGGCAGCGAGACAGCGAGCGAGCUGAGGGAACUGAGGAGACAAGUUCAGGACAUACAUGAGCACAUGUCCAAGGGCUCUCAGCCGGACCGCAAGACGGAGGACUGGAUCCAGAUCGGCCUCGUUGUGGAUCGAUUCCUGUUCAUCUCCUACGCCAUCUUCAUCAUCGUCAGCUUCAUCACCAUCAUCGUCAUAUGGGUCCACUGGGACAAUGUUUAGUUGCCAGAGCUCUCUCAGUGUG